AUGGCAGUGGAUGAGGAGGUUCAAAGUGAGAUGGCUGAGGAUAUUAUUGCGAUGUUCCCUCAACCUACAAUUGUUGCUGGUGGAGAGAGUGAUGCUCCCAAUGUGAAUCAAGAAGGUGAAAGUGAUCCUGAAUGGACUGUUGUGACUAGUAAAAAAGGUUAA